UUUUUUUUUUUCAGGUCGGACACCAGGAGGAACAGAUGAUGGUAGCGAGUCAGCCCUAUUACCCAAACACGUCGGAGAGAAAAGAGAGCUCCGCGGAAGGUAACCCGAGUCAACGAUACGCAGGUGUAUAGGGCGGGUGCUGCUGCUGUAGCUAGGAGCGUUCAGAGCACGUAGCGGACGAAGGGCCCGUGUUUCUUGUAGUUUGCACAGAAAAGACCCAGCUUUCUCACGAGGGAGUCCCCAAAAAGGAGCAGGUGCUUGCUGUCGUCCAGCGAGCAGGGCGGCGGAGAAACCGGCGCAGCGAUGGCGGAGGUAUUCAGCAGCAACUCGCCCUGCAUGCUGGGGAAGCGCGUCCUGAGUCCCCACUCGCACGGCACCUUGAUGGGGGGCCAGCUAGACUUUUCAUCCAAGAAGCGAAGACUCGCUCAAGGCCUCGAUCAAGGCUCGUUCGACCGGAGCGAAUCCUACCAGCAGCAGCAGCAGCAGCAGCAGCAGCAGCAGCGGUCCCCGUCGCCGGUGCGGACGGGCAAGCGCGCGCGCCCGCUCUCGCCCCUGCAGCCGUCUGCCCACUUCCCUUCAGGAGGACCAGCAGCAGGGGAGCCGGCCUCCUCCCAUGGUGGCUCCGGAUUUUUUGGCGGCGACUCCUUUUCGCAGCACCAGCACCAGCACCAGCAGAGAGCCCACAGGACGGGAGCAGAGGACGGCGAGCUGGCAGCUCUACGGCGCGAGGUUGCAGCCCUGCGGGCGCACGCGGCGGAGAAGGAGAGCGGUAUCAACAUGGCUCGCGAGGAGAACGGUCGGCUGAAGGAAGGCAUGGGGAUGUUCCAAAAGGAGCUCGAGCGACUCUCCGCGGAGAACCGUAUCCUCAAGCGUGCCGUCGGGAUCCAAAACACGAAGGGCAAGGAGCUGGAGGGCCAGCUGCACGGGCUCCAGCAGGCGGCGGGGCAGGCGGCGGAGUACGUAAAGCGUCUCGAGCAGACGAACUACGCCCUCUCCGUGCGCGUGCAGGCCAUGGGAAGCUCGGGAGCGAGCGACUUCAUGGGCGGCCAGCGCCCCCCGGACGUGUUUUGAGUUUCCGCCGACGCCUGCGCGCUGAAGCGACGACGACGACGACGAAGAUGUAGGGGGCGGGUCAGCGUGACGUCACAGAGGGAGUAAGGGACGGCGAAGGAGUCCUAUCGUCGUGAACCGUUUCGUAACUGUACGGACAGGCUGGAGAGGGAAGACGCAAGCGGAGGGUAGAGUUGCUGCGACAUUGAUGCUCUUCUGCGCCUCGCUUGGUGUUUCUAUAUACGAAGGCAGGCGGGAGGUCCGGGGUGGGUGGUUGGUCGACCGUGAAGGUUGUAUCAACCUCGAACCCCCCCCCCCUACCUGCUACCGCUGCUGUAGUUGAACAGUUAUGACACUGCUGUUACCGGUGGCCUCGUGGCCUUUUUCUCUCUCUGGGCACUACACAGCGACGGUUUGAUCUUCAGUAACGAGGAAAUAUUAUCUCCCUAGGCCCGACGAAUCGCGCAAGUAGUAUGGUGUCGAUGACUGCAGUGUGGUUUGGCGAUGUUUGUUAGAACAAGGGCAAGUAAAACCAUUGCGUGUGGUCGCGCGGAGGGUUGCGAUAAGCUGCUGGUUCGAACAAUUUCGCUUCUGCCCUUGUUGUCCUUACCCCGUGGUUGCUGGAGGGGGGGGGGGGGGGGNGGGGGGGGGGGGGGGGGGGGGGGGGGGGGGGGGGGGGGGGGGGGGGGGGGGGGGGGGGGGGGGGGGCUGUUUGGUCGUCCGUUGUUUUUUGAUGCGGUUGGACGUUUGGUUACCUUGACGCCCAGCUCUUCUGCACACUGCUGGAGGGAGGGCUUCCUACAAGGCCGGCUCUCAACAGUGAUUGAAAGAGCAUGAUAACUCCGACUGUUGUGUGAAGGAGAGGUUCCACAUGGUGUACAUACUUCCGAGUCCGAGAGGGCGGGGGUUCUUUUGUUGUUGUUGUUGUGUUGUGGAUGCUCUUUUCCUUUUCACGCGUGUGCACAGCAGUUUCUCUUGUUGUGGGCAUGCGUGUGUAUUCGCGGGCUAAAUAGUUACCAUUCGCCUCUGUCUUGGAUCGAUCGCCUCUCCACCGUCGCCGUCGUCAAAGCACCUCGCUUGAGACGUCUCGUGCUUUUCCGUUUCAUGUGAUGGUUUGGUGGCAUAUUUUCAUCCAGUUUUUUGUUGUUCCACAGCAUGACCGGGGAGGGGGGGGGAUGGAGGAAAGAGAUCGGGGAAAGUACCGUUAGGGUUUGAUGUUAGGUCUGGUUGCUCCGCGUGUGCCGUGUGCCCUUCGCAGAUAGUUAACCUAGUGCAUGCUCGGGAGAUGUUUCAUUUUCUUGUUGACAGACGUUGUUUUUUGCAGUAGCAACGUGUUCAACCUUGAUGCUCGUCGGUUCGGUAGACCGCCGCCGGGGCUGCCACGCCCUCUCGGCGUGGGCAGCGCUAUUAUUAGUCGAGAAUACGUCAGUGACAGUAGGUCGGGCACGGGCACCAAGCGUGUGUCAAGCCCGGUGGGUUGGACGGAUGUGUUCGGUGUUCGCGGAUGGAGUGGUUGCCGCCCAUCGUUUUAGUCGUGUCUUGACGGUUGUUCACCCAGGAAAAUUUGACGUACUACCUCUGUCCGAGAAUAUAAGCAAGGUUUGGAAAUCCGGGAAUAUAAGCAAGCUUUCUCGAUGAAGGUGUUUCAAGGUGUUUUGGACACCGUUUCCUUCCUAUUUUUUUGCGUCAAGCUCGGAUAUGAUAAGCGGCCAAGAAAAAACCAACAUAAGAGGGGAUGAUAAGGUUUCAUCCCCUCCCCGGAGAAACAUUGAUUUCCCUGCCAUAGCGCUCAGUAGGGAAAAAGGGGUCCCAUUUUUUCUCUCGUUUGCGGCAAUGAAUAGUGCUUUUUUCCUCGUUUUUUUUUCUUUGUAUUUUUGGGUACUUGAACAACCUGUACAAUCACGUUGCGAAGUAUCUUCGAUAGUUCUUUGGUGCUGACCGGGACCAAAGUUCCAGAGUGGCAAAAAUCAGCAACUUCGAGGGGCCAAAAUGAAGGGAAGGCGUUGGAAAAAAAAAAAAAAAAAGGGUUUUUCCGAAAAAAAAAGGUGUUUGAACCCAGGAUCGAACUCACGGCCACUGAACAGCUCGCUUUCGCGGUGUAUUUUGCCUUACGACCAAACCUUGCUUAUAUU